AUGGUGCCGUUCCUCCCAGCCGACCGUCCCGCCACAUUGACGCCGUCGCCCUCCCGCGAGGACCUUAUCCCCGCUCCCGAAAGCUACGGCGCCUUCGGGACCCUCCCCUUUGAGAUCCGCCGACAGAUCCUCACCGAGGCCUUCGGCAACCGCACGCUGCACCUGAGUCUGUCCGCUCAGGUGCGCGCACACAGGCCUUCUCCCGAGGCACCCACGCAAACGCAUUGCGGUCUUGGCGCCGAGCGCGCCACCUUUCCGCGGGCUUCUCCGCGCUGCUGGCGCUGGUUCAGCUGCGUGUGCCAUCGCCGCGCCGAGUGGACGGACGAGGAGGUCGAGCGGACCUUCUCGCGCAGGAUCCACGUCGGCGGUGACCGGUGUCUGCAGGGGCUGCUGUGCGCGUGCGAGGCGUGGGAGGGCGAGGGGCCGGGCAAGUGCUUCGUCGGCGCUUUGGGUUGGCUGCGGAGCUGUCGGCAGGCAUAUGUCGAGGGUGUCGAUGUCCUGUACGCGGCCAACACCUUCCACAUCUCGAUGGUGCUGCAGGCCUUCCCGAACCUCCGCAGUCUCCACAUCCUGCUGUACGGUUGGAUAUCGCCGUACUCCCCACGGCCCGCGGACGACUUCGAGCUCAGGGCUGCGGAGACCUUCGUUCUGGGCCCGGUCGAGGACAUGCUGCGCGCAAUGGGCCCGGGGAUAGAGUUUAAUAUUGCGAUUCCCAAGUCGGGCUGGAGGGAUUUGAGGGAUAAGUAUCUGAGGGCGGAUUCUUUAUUGAGACUUGAGUUGGACGGGCCUUUUAAUGGGCGGUUCUGGAAGGCGCUGGAUGGUGGUGGUGAGUUCGGCUAUUGA